AGGGCUCAUGGAGGCAGCACUGAUUUUCCUUUGUUCUGCUCUGGUUCCAGUACUAGGUGCCAGUGAGGAAGUUAAGGAUCAAGACCCAUUUCACUAUGAUUAUGAAAGUUUGCGCAUUGGAGGGCUUGUUUUCGCAGUUGUCCUCUUCAUGCUGGGGAUCCUCUUGAUUCUCAGCAGGAGGUGCAGAUGCAAUAAUUUGAACCAGAAACAAAGGGCUCCUGGAGAUGAAGAAGCUCAGGCUGAAAACCUAAUUGCCUCAAAAGCUAGGGGAUCCCAGAAGGCAGAAAACUAAGAGACAAUCUAUUUAACCAGGGACUUACAGAGAACAAUCUACGCAAAAACAAACCCUUCUCCUACAGUUACCAACCCUCAUUCAUCUCAGCAGCCUCCCCACUUGACUGCAUUGUGUCUAUACUGUACGUGGUAGCGCCAUCGUCCCAGGUUUUAGAAGUUCUGUGCUCUGUUGACUUGUCUUAUCACACACUUUGGGGAUGAAAAUGUGUCGGAGCCUUGGAACAAGAAUCAAGGAUCUAAAACAACUGAUCAGCCAUGGCUUCCUCCACUGUCACUGUUCAUGUAUGGUUAUAGUACAUACAGCUGUUCACGUCACCAAUCACAGGACAGCAAUUAAUCUCAGUUUUUCAAUAGCCAGAUAUUUUGUUGCUACUAAGCUGUACCCAUCCUUGCACAAUACAUUUUCUAAAUCAGUGUAUAAAAUGGUGUUUAAUUCUAUAUUAUAGGCAAUCCUGUUGGGCGACUCUAAUUGUGUUUGUGCCUUUCAAUGUUUUUGUUGAUGUGUACUGGGGAGCCACAUAUGUGUACAUAUAAAUAUAUAUAUAUAAA